AUCAUACACCAAGUCGAAACAAGAAUAAUAAAAGAGUACAAGAAUAAAUUCGAGAAUAAAAAUAAAGAUGGAGACCCAAAACAUGAAGGCUUUUGUGUUGGCCUUGUGCCUCGCUGUCUUCGUCGCCACGUGCUGGGCCCACGGUCCAGAGCCCGCCGCGUCGGUGACUGACCCCGCCGCACCGGCCGUUAAUGCCAUCAAGAACGCCGGCAAUGCCGUCAAGGACGCCGCCACACCGGCUGUCAACGCCGCCGAGGAGGCCGGCAGUGCGGCCAAGGACGCCGCCACACCGGCGGCCACUGCUGUAAGGGACGCCACCGCACCCGCGGCACAUGCUGCCGCCGAAAAGUCCGAGUCUUUUGCUCAGUGGGCCUAUGACAAACUCUCCUCUGGUUUCGGGUUGCGAUCCGCUGAUGAGAAAACAAUAGCUCAAAAUGCAAAGAUGGACGCUGGAGAAGCGAUGCAUGCAGCGGAGCAAAGAGUAGAAGAAUCUUUCGACUCAACUAAACACAAAGUGGGUGAGGCAUACGAGUCAGCGAAGAAAGCCGCGACCGAAAAUGGCAAGAAGAAGUAAGAGACGAUCGCAUGCUCAGUUCAGUUAAUGUGUUCAACGUUACAUGCAUCACUGUCGCUGUAACGUGUCACUUAUUUUUGUUUUCUUUUUCUUUGCGGGGAAUACUAUAUAUCAAUUCCUCCAUUCUAUUCUUACUUUAGUUCCACAGUUGUUGCGGUUUUCUGACUUCGACUGCGAGAAGCCUUAAUGAAUAUGCUCUUAUUUUAA